ACCAUUCACUAGGAACCUGUGAGGUGACUUUCUCCACACACACACAGACUAGUCGCCACAUGGAACAAGUUAGGAAUGUGCCACAGCGGUAGAGUUGCUGCCUCACAGCGCCAGAGAUCCGGGUGUGUGGAACGAGCUGCCGGAGGAGUUUGCAAGAUGUCGGUACAGGGUGAAGUUGACACAAUAGUGAUCGGAGCAGGAAUACAGGGCUCUUACACAGCGUACCACCUGUCCAAGCACAGCAAGACGCUGCUAAUAGACCAGUUUGCUUUGCCUCAUGCCCGCGGGAGUUCCCAUGGACAGACUCGAAUUAUUCGAAACGUUUACGCCAAGACUUACUACACAGCCAUGAUGACGGAAUGCUACCAGCUCUGGAAACAACUGGAAGCUGAAACCAACACGGAACUCUUCAGGCCAACAGGGCUCUUGGUUCUGGGGAAAGAGGGGAACCCAAGUUUUCAGACCAUGAAGUCCACCUUGAUCGACAACAAUGUGCCCAUGACCACGUUAACAUCUGCCGAUGUUUCAAAGCGAUUUCCAGCUGUCCAGCUGCCAAGAGGCGUCUCCGCUCUCCUCGACAAAACAGCUGGCAUCUUGUAUGCCGACCGAGCCUUGAAAAAUGUACAGGAUUUGUUCCGGAGAUUUGGAGGAAUCAUUCGCGAUGGUGAAAAAGUUGUUCAAAUCCAACCUAGCGAUCUGGUUACCGUGACAACCACUGCGGGAAUUUACAGAGCAAAACGGCUGGUGAUAACUGCUGGACCUUGGACAAAUAAACUGUUGAACCUUGUGGGACUGCAGCUUCCACUCGAGGUGUGCUAUCACAGUGGGAGCCGAGCGGACCCAGAUGAACGUGACGUUAGUUUUCAACGGCCUUCCCAGGACGUGGAGCUUUUGAGAGACUUUCUGUCGAGGGAGUUUCCUGGUCUGGACCCCAAUCCUGCUGUGGUUGAAUCCUGCAUGUACACAAAUACUCCCGAUUAUGAUUUCAUUCUGGAUCAUCAUCCUGACCACAAGAACAUCAUCGUUGGGGCUGGAUUCUCAGGUCAUGGGUUCAAGCUUGCCCCGGUGGUCGGGAAAGUCCUUUCGGAACUCUGCCUCGGAGAGAAGCCGUCGUACGAUCUUUCUCCUUUCAAAAUCUGUCGGUUCCACUUGAAGUCUGUGCUCUAGGGCAAAGGGGGAAAGAUUUGAACGUUAACUCGCGUUAAUAAUUCACGCAGGGAAAUUAUUUUAUCACGCAAAAUGACGGCGCAAAGUAAAAGUUCCUGGUUCGGGAAAUAGAGGAAUUUGUGUAAAUUGUUUUGUUUUUGGGAAAUUACCUGGAGAAUAAGAAUAUGCAGUUAAUUAAAUGGGAAAACACAAAGCUGAUCGAUCCAUUGUCGGUCUUUUGGUGAUUUUACUGGGUCUUGAAAACCAUCCAUUUACUGAUCCACUAUCUCUCCUGACCCCCUUUCUCCUGCCUUCUCCCCAUAACACCACUACAAAUCAAAACCCUAUCUGUAAUAAUAAUAAUAAUAAUUUUAUUUAUAGAGCACUUUAAAAACAAUCAUAGUUGCAACAAAGUGCUGUACAUCACUAAUCAUUGACAAAAAAGUUAAUACACACCAAAAAUAACAAUCAAAAGAAAUAGUAGGAAAAGACAUGUAAAAUAAAGAAACAUCAAAAACACCAAAAACAGAAGCAAAGCCUCAGGCAUGGUCAAAAGCCAGGGAGUACAAAUGUGUUUUAACACUGGAUUUGAAGAUGGACAGUGAGGGGGCCUGUCUGAUGUGCAACGGCAGGGUGUUCCAGAGUGCCGGAGCAGCAACAGAGAAGGCUCUAUCCCCUCUGAGCCUCCGACUAGACCUCGGUACCUCCAGGAGCAGCUGUCCAGCUGACCUGAGGGACCGGGCAGGAGCGUAUGGGUGGAGCAGCUCAGAGAGGUAAGGCGGGGCGAGCCCAUUCAGAGAUUUAAAAACAAAUAACAGUAUCUUAAAAUGAACUCGAAAGUGCACCGGGAGCCAGUGUAGGGAGGCCAGAAUUGGCGAUAUGUGCUCCCUCUUUUGAGUCCCUGUUAAAAGGCGAGCAGCAGCAUUCUGAACCAACUGGAGACGAGCCAGUGAAGAACGAGCAACACCAAAAUAGAGCGCGUUACAGUAAUCCAGCCUAGAUGUAAUAAAGGCAUGGAUUACUGUCUCAAAAUGCUGCCGCUCGAGAAUGGGCUUCACCUUCGCCAGCUUCCUUAGGUGAAAGAAGCUGGACUUAACCACCGUCUGUCUUAAAAAUAUCCAUUGACUUGGCCUCCACAGCCGUCUGUGGCCAAGAAUUCCACAGAUUCACCACCCUCUGACUAAAGAAAUUCCUCCUCAUCUCCUUUCUAAAAGAACAUCCUUUAAUUCUGAGGCUGUGACCUCUAGUCCGAGACUCUCGCACAAGGGGAAACAUCAAAUCUACAUCCACUCUAUCCAGGCCUUACAUUGUAGAGUCCGCUGACUGGUUAGCACACAGAGAGUGGUGAAUCUCUGGCACUCUCUGCCGCAGAGGGUAGUCGAGGCCAGUUCAUUGGCUAUAUUUAAGAGGGAGUUAGAUGUGGCCCUUGUGGCUAAGGGGAUCAGGGGGUAUGGAGAGAAGGCAGGUACGGGAUACUGAGUUGGAUGAUCAGCCAUGAUCAUAUUGAAUGGCGGUGCAGGCUCGAAGGGCCGAAUGGCCUAGUCCUGCACCUAUUUUCUAUGUUUCUAUGUUUCUAAAGGUGUUUCACCGUACCUCGGCACAUGUGACAAGCCGUGUAUGAUCAGAAACUUUAGAUCUUUGGACCCAGAUUGCCAUUGGAACAUGAAAGGGCACCGUGGUAUUCGGAGUGGUGAGCUACCUGCAGUGUAUGUCGGUUCCCCUCAUAGAUUACAAGCAGAAAUAUUAAUAAACCUUGCUGCUUAUCUGCCACUCCAAGCAUGGCACCAAAGAACGAGCUGCCAUGGCAACUACCCGACUCAGAGCUACUUGUACAUUGAAAUGGGCCGAUACUUACAUUACAGUCGCUAAUAUUCCCUGUCAUUAGAUCAGGAAAUUAGUUGCAAUUUUAAGUUAUUUUCUUUGUAAUAACUAGUCUGAUUCCAAAAUUGCAGCUCGGAGAUCCUGAGCUCUCCUGCAGACUGGUGCUGCCAGUUGCUUUCUUCAAGUUGAUUGAGGUAAAGCGGUAUUCUGAAGCGAUGGCAGUCAAGAGGCUUUUACACAGGCACGUGGAUCAGUUCACUUUAGUUUAUUGUCACGUGUACCGAGGUACAGUGAAAAGCUUUUGUUGCGUGCUAUCCAGUCAACGGUAAGACAAUACACGAUUACAAUCGAGCCGUUCACAACUUACAGACCCACGAUAAGGGAAUAACAUUUAGUGCAAGGUAAAACCAGCAUACGCAAUACAGAAUACAAGUAGAAUUAGGCCAUUCGGCCCAUCAAGUGUACUCUGCCAUUCAAUCAUGGCUGAUCUAUCUCUCCCUCCUAAUUCCAUUCUCCUGCCUUCUCCCCUUAACCCCUGACACACGUAUUAAUCAAGAAUAUAUCUAUCUCUGCCCUAAAAAUGUCCACUGAUUUGGCCUCCACAGCCGUCUGUGGCAAAUAAUUCCAAUCAAAGAUAGUCCGAGGGUCACCAAUGAUGUAGAUAGUAGUUCAGGACCGCUCUCUGGUUGUGGUAGGAUGAUUUAGUCGCCUGAUAACAGCUGGGAAGAAACUGUCCCUGAAUCUGUGCCUUGUACUGAACAUUAUUCCCUUAUCGUGUAUCUAUACAUGUAAACGGCUCGAUUGUAAUCGUGUGUUGUCUUUCCGCUGACUUGAUAGCACGCAACAGAAGCUUUUCACUGUACCUCGGUACACGGGACAAUAAACUCAACUGAAUCUGGAGCUGUGCGUUUUCACACUUCUGUACCUUUUCCCUGAUGGGGGAGGGGAGAAGAGG